UUAUCCUAUCUUCUUGGUUCUUCCAUUAUCUCCAUCGUACCAAACUAUCAGCCAUCUUUGCCCAGGGAAAAGGGGGAAGAAAGAAAAAUGGCAUCGACACUCUCAACACUUAGCCUCCGUUCUCCGUCUCAUUCUACUCCCUACUCUGCUUUUCCUUCCCACUCAUCCACCAAUUUUCCAAGGCAAAACCUAGAAUUCCCAAUCCGAAGCCCUAAACUCGCCCGCAGAGCCAACUUCCUCCCUCCCAUUUCCGCCGUCGCUGUCCCUGAGAAGAUUGAGAAGCUUGGGACAGAGCUCUCAAACCUCACCCUAGAAGAGGCUCGCAACCUCGUCGACUAUUUGCAAGAUAAGCUAGGCGUCUCCGCGGCCGCCUUCGCGCCGGCAGCAGUCGCCGCAGCACCUGGCUCUGCAGCGGAGGCGGGUCCUGCGGCGGUCGAGGAGAAGACGGAGUUCGAUGUUGUAAUCGAGGAGGUCCCCAGCAACGCCAGGAUCGCAACGAUCAAGGCUGUAAGGGCAUUGACGAAUCUGGCGUUGAAGGAUGCAAAGGAGUUGAUUGAAGGUCUCCCGAAGAAAUUCAAGGAAGCAGUGUCUAAGGAAGAGGCGGAAGAGGCGAAGAAGCAGCUCGAAGAGGCUGGAGCGAAGAUCUCCAUUGUUUAGAAUGAUCAUACCCGCGGUAAAUGUCCCUCAUUUUUUUUUUCUCUCAGGUAGAACAGUUCUGGRAACUACACUGUUCGUGCUGAUUUUCUGUUGUAUUUCUUGUUAAAUUCGCCUCUCGUUGUUUUUUUUUUCGGAGAUUUUGAAUUAAUUAAAGUGUUUUUUAUGCUAUCAUGAGUCCUAGUCAUGUUUAGCUGCAAUGGUGUGGCUGAGUCCUCAAUUAGGAUGAAAGUUUAUCCAUUCUUCAGACUUCAGAUUGCAGAGCAGUGUAAUAUAAUAACAUAUCCCCAUUUGAAGUUUUUGUUCAA